CUCUCAUAUUCACACCCACAUCUCCCCCAUCAACACAACACAACACAUCAACAAAAUGGCGGACAUGACACAGUUUGACAACAUCUACUUUGACCAGUCAGCCCGGCCUGGUCGCCUACGGUUCGCCAACUCCGGACUCGGCUGGAAGAGCUCGAGCAAGUCCGGGACCACUGCACCAUUUCUUCUUCCGCACUCUGAGUUUGUGUCUGCGAACUGGUCGCGUGCAGCGAAGGGGUACGAGUGCCGGAUUUUGACGAAAGAUCGCGGGGUGGUGCAGUUUGACGGGUUUGAUCUGGAUGACUUUGACAAGUUGAAGAACACGAUCAAGCACCACUUCGACGUGGUGCUGGAGACGCGGCCGCACUCGAUCAAAGGGUGGAACUGGGGCAAGGCCGAGUUCGAGCGGUCGGAGCUCGUGUUUAGUGUUUCUGACCGGCCUGCGUUUGAGGUUCCGUUCGCGCAGGUGACGAAUUCUAAUCUUGUGGGUAAAAGCGAGGUCGCGCUCGAGUUGGGGGCGGAGCAUGAGGUUGCGCUGCGGGGGCCGAGUGGGGUGCGGGACGAGUUGGUCGAGAUGAGGUUUUAUAUACCGGGUACGGUGAGGGCGAAGAAUGAGGAUGAGGAUGAGGAGGAUGAAAAGUCUGACGAGAGCGAGGCCGAGGAGUUGAAUGCCGCGACGGUGUUUUAUGAGACGUUGAAGGAGAGGGCGGAUAUCGGGCAGGUUGCGGGCGAGACUAUUGUUUCGUUCAGCGACAUUAUGUUUCUUACUCCGAGAGGCCGGUAUGAUAUCGACAUGUAUCCUGGAUACAUGCGCCUUCGCGGCAAGACAUACGACUACAAGAUCCAAUACACGACGAUCCAGCGUCUUUUCCUCCUUCCCAAACCAGACGAUCUGCACAACGUGCUCGUGAUCCAACUCGACCCCCCUCUCCGUCAAGGCCAGACGCGGUACCCAUUCUUAGUUGUGCAGUUUUUGAAAGAAGAGGAGAUCGAGGUCGAGUUGAAUCUGGAGGACGAGGAGUUUGAAGAGAAGUACGCGGACAAGCUCAAGAAGCGGUACGACCAGGCCGCGCACGAGGUUGUUGGGCAGGUCUUUCGCGGGUUGUCAGGACGGAAGAUCACUGUGCCCGGCAGCUUUGUGUCGGUGCACGGACAGGCGGGGGUGAAGUGCUCGCUAAAGGCGUCAGAGGGGUAUCUUUACUUACUCGAAAAGUCGUUUUUGUUCAUUCCCAAACCGACGGUGUUUAUGGCUCAUGAGGAAGUCUCGUUUGUGACGCUGAGCCGGGUGGGCGGGAGCGUGUCGAGUUCGCGGACGUUUGAUGUGACGGUGCAGAUGAAGAACGGGACGUCGUACCAGUUCUCGUCGAUCAACAGGGAAGAGCAGAAUGCAGUUGAGCAGCACUUGAAGGCGCGGAAUAUUAAGAUCAAGAACGAUCUGAACGAGGACCAGUCGUUCUUGAAGACGGUGAUUGGAGCCGAGUCGGAUGAUUCGGAGGUGGAGAUGGCGGCAAGGGGGGAUAGAGGGAGUGCGAGUGAGGAUGAGGAGAGUGUGGAUGAGGAUUUUAAGGCGAGUGAGAGUGAGGAAGAUAGUGAUGUGGCGGAGGAGUAUGAUGAGAAUCCGGCGAGUAGUGGAGAUGAGGAGGAGGAGGAGGAGGAGGAGGAGGAUGAGGAGGAGGAGGAUGAUGAUGGGGAUGAGGAGGAGCCGGUUAAGAAGAAGGCAAAGAAGGCUUAGAUGAGAUGUAUUAUGUGCUGUGAUUAUAUACAAAGAUGCAAGUUAUAUACAAAGAUAAAGAUUAUACA